AUGGGAGAGAUCAAAAGCGGCGAGAAAACGCGUGUUUUAGUGGUGGGAGCGACGGGAUACUUAGGGAAGAGAAUCGUAAGGGCGUUUUUGGCUGAAGGUCACGUGACCUACGUUUUGCAGCGGCCAGAGAUUGGUCUCGACAUCGAGAAAGUCCAACUCCUUCUCUCCUUCAAGAAACUCGGCGCUCGUCUUGUCGAAGCUUCUUUCUCCGACCACCAAAGCCUCGUAUCAGCCGUGAAACUCGUAGACGUCGUUGUCUCUACCAUGUCUGGCGUUCACUUCCGUAGCCAUAACAUCCUUGUCCAGCUCAAGCUUGUUGAAGCCAUCAAAGAAGCUGGUAAUGUCAAGGUAUGA